CCGGCCGCUCGCGGAACCGAGGUGCGACUGUCGGGGUCGAGCUAGUGGUGCUAGGCGAAGCCGGGUCGUGCGGCGGAACGUGGGGCGAGAAAGAAGAAAGGAUUCUCCAUGGUCUUCUCAUUCACAGGUUAAAGCUACCUUUCCAGAUAGUUGAACAACUCAGUCACCAGUUUCCAAGGGCAUUUGCCACCUAUGGAAAACAUCGGAUUCGAGUACACUAGAUGUCCUUGAUUCAUCCACCAUCUCCCUGCACAAAAUUUGCUCCACCAGCGGACAACAAUGGCAACCACUGUGCUGUUUUUCAUCGCCAAGUAGAUAUCCUAUCCCUGCCAACAAAACAGAUACACAAAGUGAAAACCAGCCUGCCAAGAUGAGGAUCCCUUCACUUCCUGGGUAGACAGGAUUUGAAGGAGAGACUGACCGGUGCCACUGGUAAGUGACCUAACACUUUUACACACUGAACUGGUCCUGAGAACUGAGAUAUCUUCUUCGUAAGCGAAGAAUACACAACGUAGUCUUGAAGAACUGCACAGUGAUACGAGCCAGAGGCGUACUGUGUAUGAAUAAUUGACUGACAGAUUAAUCUUGUUGAAGGAGUUUUUCAUCUUUUAUUUCUAUUUGAUAGUUUUAGCCAGUAUUUUGCUGGCUUAGUUUGUUACCUUUUUCUGGUUUCUUCUUCUAGUCUAAUGGGUCCCAGAAAUCCCUCUCCUGACCCCUUAUCAGAAUCAGAAAGUGAAGAAGAAAAUGCUAACUACCUAAAUGAGAGUUCUGGGCAAGAGUGCGAUUCCUCUGAAGAAGACCCUGUGGUGCCCAGCCUAACACCUCUGGAGAGUCUGGCCUGGCAGGUUAAGUGCCUUUUGAAAUACUCUACAACUUGGAAACCUUUAAAUCCUAAUUCCUGGUUAUAUCAUGCUAAACUCUUAGACCCAAACACACCAGUCCAUAUACUUCGAGAAAUAGGUCUGCGACUCUCUCAUUGCUCCCAUUGUGUACCCAAACUGGAACCAAUUCCUGAAUGGCCUCCACUGGCUUCUUGUGGAGUCCCACCUUUUCAAAAGCCCCUUACGAAUCCCAGCCGGCUUUCUAGAGACCAUGCCACUCUAAAUGGAGCACUGCAACUUGCCACCAAACAGUUAAGCCGAACAUUGAGUAGAGCCACUCCCAUACCUGAAUACCUGAAACAGAUCCCUACUUCAUGUGUUUCUGGUUGUUGCUGUGGCUGGUUAACUAAAACAGUUAAGGAAACAACCCGCACUGAACCUAUCAACACUACUUACUCCUACACUGACUUCCAAAAGGCAGUGAACAAACUCCUAACCGCAUCACUGUAAAGACCCACCAUCCGUUCUGGUAUCUGUCAUAGUGCUAACUGAGAAAGAAGUACGAAGUCACACACCCCACAGUUGAGACACUAACGCCUUCUCAACCAAACUAUGCCCUAUCCUGACAGUCCCCUACGUCCUACCAAGUACGGUAGUCCCGUAACUCAGCUGCAGAAAAUGCAUGGUGAGCAUCCCCUUUGACAGACCCCGUGUGUAAAACAAGAACUUCAGUAAAGAACUCGUUAAAAGGGACUAUAUUAUAAAAGUUGACUGUUGUCCACACUCAGUUCUCUCCCCAGCUUACUCUGCCUAUCUGAAUGGACCCCCAGCUGGAUAUCCCCCUGCUAACGGGAAGGAAGAAGCAGUGAGCCGCUGCCCCUUUUGUCACCUAACCUUCAGGACGGCCACUGAGGGAAGUGGGAACUUAGCGACUCCCAGUAACGCCUCUCAGCACGUGCUUUUCUAACGUUAAUUUCUGUGAGGUAGUUGAAAUAAAUCGAAUACCUAGACAAAAUGGUGGGGCUAUGAAUUUAUCUCCCAGCUUUUAUACAGAUAGUCCAGCCCAUGGCACCCUUGAAGGUUCCUAUUUUGGGGGAGGGAGUGCAGUGUCAAACCUAGCCCACGCUACCUCAGACCAAUGAUAGUCCCUGCAAUUACAGUAUAAACCUGUAUAUCCCGGCUCCCGCAGGCCUAAAACAUUGUAACUGGGGACUAAACAGACACCUGUUCUGUAGGGAAGAUGAUUCCUGCAUCUUGGCAUUCAGACUUUAGUUAAGAGCAGACCACAUUUUAAAAGUCCAGGGAAAAGAUUAAGAGCAUUUACGUUUUCAAUAUUAACUGCUUGUGAAUUAAAAUAUUUCAUUUGUAUAGUGUUCCAGCAGUACUUUAUGCACUGUUUAUGUCCAUUGCAAACUUUUCUAACUUUAAAGAACUUUACUACUACAGAGCAUCUCAGCCUAAUACAGUCUGAAGUUAGAGUUUUUUAGCAUCAUUGUUUUUCUGCGUAGAUUAGCUGUAGAUUUUCUUCUAGCUGAACAAGGAAGAGUAUGUUGCCUUGCAAAUGAAUCUUGCUGCAUUUAGUUCAGUAAGUCAGAACCUAGAAAUCCUACAUAAAAGAAAAUGCAUGAGACCAUUAAAUCUGUUCACACACCUACAAUAGAGUGAAACCAGUGUGUGAUCCUGGUUGACUGGGCAUCUAAUGCGAAUCAGCAAAUAGAUUGUUAAAAAUGUAUGUCCUCUUUUAGUGUUACUUUUUCCGAUUCUCCAUAAUUAAGUGUUGUAUAUGAUCGGGCAUCAAAAACACUGAAGCAUUAAUGGAAUCAAAAAUUCUGACAUAUAUAGUAACUUUAAGGAGAGGGGAAAAUGUUUAUAAUCCAAUGAGUAUUUCUGCUGAGGCUUAGUUGUCUUAAGGAAAAAGGAGGGAACUGCAGUAGAUAGAAAAACUGUUAGUGGAAAAUUAUUGAAGCAUAUCAUACUGUUAGUGUAACAGUGUAUCAGAAACUGUUCCUAUGUAGAUGUUCUGUGAAACUGGGUUUUUUUAAUGUUACAAGAACCCGUUUCCUUUUUUAUUUAAGGAGAGGUGGGAAGAGGUAGGGAGGUCCGAAAAUUAGAAGAUAUUGAUGUUUAUGUAACCAUAAUAUGUUCCUUUUCCUGUGUGUGUAUAUAAAAGUGCCUUGCUCAUGAAGCAUUUUCGCUAUUCACUCCGAAAGGAAGCCUUUCCCCAGCUUUGCAGCUGAAUAAACCAACAACUUUGUACACGCUGAA